AUGGAUGACAUACAGUUUGAAGAGGCUGCCAGGGUUGGACAAAUUAUUAGCAUCAAAGCAAAGGUGAACAGAGCAUUCAAAACCAGUAUGGAGGUUGGCAUCAAGGUUACAGUACAGGAUGUUUUGACUAAUGUUGAAAAAAUUGUGAGUGUGGCAUAUGCAACAUAUGUAGCCAAACCAGUUGGUGGUGGAAAGAUUGAACUAGAACCUGUAAACCUUCUGUCUACAGAAGAUCAGCUGGAGCACACCCUGGCUAUUGAGAGAAGGAGAAUUCGACUGGGCUAUGAACAGGUCUUUCAGAACCUAAUGCAGGAGAGUAAUAAGGAAGAUACUUUUGAAGAGGAAGAUGCAGUUUCAACUGACCUUACUCAUGUACAGAGUAUUGAGCUUGUCCAGCCUCCUCACGCAAACCAUCAUGGAAACACUUUUGGUGGCCAGAUCAUGGCUUGGAUGGAGACAGUGGCAAGUAUUUCAGCAAGCCGCCUUUGUCAUUCAUAUCCCGUCUUGAAGUCAGUCAAUAUGUUUAAAUUCUGGGGACCAUCCAUCGUGGGUGACCGCCUUGUCUUCAAUGCAAUUGUGAACAAUACAUUUCAGACUAGUGUGGAGGUUGGUGUCCGUGUUGAGGCUUAUAACUGUGAAGAAUGGAUCAAGGACCAAGCACGGCAUAUUAACAGCGCAUUUCUCAUUUUUAACACUGUAAAUGACAAAGGAGAGCUGCUCACCUUCCCCAGAAUCAAACCUACUACAAAGGAUGGUAUGAGGCGAUACCAUGGAGCUAUUGCCCGAAGGAGAAUUCGACUAGCCAGAAAAUGCAUACUGUCUGCUAAUGAAGACAAACCUUCUGAUCCCUGGGAGACAAGCAACCAGGCAUAUGUGAGUUACAGCAAUAUAGCUGCACUGACACACCUAGCAGCGAAACCAGGAUGGGAAAUAACCAGUACACUGGAUGAUAUAAAAAUAUGGACUCAUGAGGAGGGUGAUGUGUUGUCACUCAAAGUUGAAAUGCAAGUGCAGAUACCAUCACACCUAGCUUUCUUCCUUUUGUCUGACUUCACAUUCCGCCAACAAUGGGACAAACAUUUCUUAACUUGUGAGGUCCUACAGGCUGUGAAUGAAGAUGAGAAAAUAUAUUAUGUUACGUCUCCACCCAUGACUGACCAUAAACCCAGAGACUUUGUGAUUCUUGUGUCUCAAAGGCAACCCUGUAAGCCAAGUGAACCCUACAUAGUAGCUGUAAAGUCAGUUACCCUCAUGUCUAUGCCACCUUCUUCAGAAUACUGCAGAAGUGAAAUCCUUUGUGCCGGAUUCCAGAUCUAUGGUGACAGCAACAGCUCCUGUACGGUGUGUUACUUCAAUCAAGUGACAUCAGGUGUUAUGCCUUACUUAGCUGCAAAUCUUACUGGCUCAUCAAAAUCCAUUGAAGACACUGCUUUGGAAUGUAUAAAGUUCUUGGAGCUGAAAGGCAGCAAGUACUGA